AUGCCUUCUGAAAUACUGUCUCAUUCGGAAGAAUACGACCUGGUCGUUAACCAGGGCCAGGGGCUCGGUCAGCUUUUUGAGGCUAAAGCUAGACAGUCCCCGGACUCAGUAGCGGUGGUCGAUGAGAAAGUCAGUCUCACCUAUCAACAGUUGCACCUCCAGGCUCUCCAAAUCUCUCAGAAACUUUUCAAAGGGAGCUUGCAGAUCGAGGAGCCCGUGGGUAUCAUUGUGCAGCAUGGCUGGGCCGAUGUCGUGGCUCAGAUGGCCAUCAUCUAUGCCGGAGGAAGCUGCGCACCUAUGGACCCAACAUUACCAGACGUUCAGAUCAAGGAUCGUCUAGAGAAACUGGGAGCCCGAUACAUCUUGGUCGAUAAUGCGAACAGGAGCCGGGAGGUUCCAUUCCAGCAAAUUCAUUUGGAGGAUUGUCCAAUUUGGACGUCGAAAGACGCCUGGACAGCCGAUAAAAAUCUCCCCGUCACCACUACGCUCGAACACCGAACCCACCUCAUCCACACAUCUGGCACAACUAGCGAGCCAAAAGCAGUCCAAAUCGUUGCCCGGUCGAUCUUGCAAGUCGUCUACCAUGCACCCUUCGAGCCCGUCGACUCUACGGAUACCGUUGCGCAUGUCAAUAAUACGAGUUUUGAUGUUUCCUUGUUUGAUAUUUGGGUACCUCUCUUGCGUGGCGCUCGGAUUGCGGUCCUGAGCAAGGUCAUCUUGCUGGACCUUCCCGCCAUGGCGGCCGCAAUCAAGGAGAAAGGAAUCACAAUCAUGGCAACGACAACUGCCCUCUUGAACUUGGCCGCGUCGACGUAUCCGCGUGCAUUCUCACAACUGAAGAUCUGUUUCAUUGGCGGAGAGGCAGCCAACGUGGCUGCUAUUGAAACGGUCAUGCAACAAGGUCCACCACAAAACUUGAUCAAUGCGUAUGGACCAACGGAGUGUUGCAUCUUCUGCCUCGCCCAUAAAAUUACGCCGGAGGACGUACAAGCCGGUACCGUCAGUAUUGGCAAGCCCAUUGGCCGAACCGUUGCUCAUAUCUGUGAUGAAACUGGAGCACCUGUCGCUGAUGGGGAAGAAGGAGAACUCUGGAUCGGCGGAGCUGGUGUGUCCCCUGGAUACGUCAACCGCCCUGAGAAGAAUGAGUCUAUGUCUGUCUACUUGCAUUCCGAGAACAAGGUGCAAAGAUUCUAUCGCACGGGAGACAGAGUCAAGAAACGCCCGGAUGGGCAGAUCGAUUAUGUUGGACGACAAGAUCACCAGGUCAAGGUCCGUGGGUAUCGCAUCGAGCUCGAGGCUGUCGAGACCGCAAUGAUUCGAACUGGGCAGUUCUCUGAGGCCGUUGCGUUGAAGGUUGAAGCAGGCGGUGAUGCCGGGUCGAUCCUCGUCGCCUUCGCCGUGGCAACCUCGUCCAAACCUCAAGCAAUGGCUAAUGCCAUUGAAGCGCUGAGGACUGCACUACCAGACUACAUGGUUCCUCAAAUCGAGUUAAUAUCCAAGAUGCCCCUGAACAGUCACGCAAAAGUGGAUCGCAAGCACCUUUCCAAUCUGUACCGCGAGCGCUGGGCAACCUCCAACACCAUUAAAAUCAAAGAGAUCAAUACUGGGAGUACCCAGCAGCGACUGGCAAGCCUUUGGGUGAAUAUCCUUGGACUCUCCUCUUUGCCAGAAGACCCCUAUGCCGAUUUCUUCCAACUCGGGGCGACAUCCCUCCAGGCUUCGCUGCUCAUCAGCCAAAUUCGAAAGAAUCUCGGGGCAGAUAUCUCACUUCUCACACUCUACGACCACUCCGGUCUCGCUGACCUGGCAUCAACUAUUGAAAAGUCACAAGAUCGCAUCGCCGAAACGGUUCGCAAUGAGAAAGAGACCUGGAUUCAAGACACUCAUAUCGCGGACGACCUUAUUCCUCCGUCGAAACCGGUCAUUGACUGGCGCCGGGAUACUGAAGGGCGCGUCUUCUUCACUGGGGGAACUGGUUUUGUCGGCGCUUUCCUUCUCGCCGAUCUCCUUCGCACUCGUGAGGUUCACCAGGUAGGCUGCCUGGUGCGUGCCGCGGAUACCGCAAUUGGUCUGGAGCGUAUCAAGCAGGCGAUGGGGAAAUACGGCCAGUGGGAGGAGCGAUUCAGUGACAAGUUGCUGAUUCUGUGCGGAGUUCUGGAGGAUGUCUACCUGGGCCUCGGCUUCGAGCGGUUCCAUGAGAUCGCCAGCUGGUCCAGUGUGAUCUUCCACCUCGGUGCCCGAGUCAACUAUACGCAGCCAUACUCUCUCCAUCGACCUGCCAACGUCAUUGGCACACGAAACAUCUUGCGACUCGCAUGUGCCGGCGGCCGCACCAAGGGCGUUCACUACGUCAGCUCCAUUAGCUGCUUCGGUCCCACUGGAUACGUCACUAAAACAAAUAGAAUCCUUGAAGACGAGUCGCUUCUCAAACAUGUCGAGGCGCUCCCUUACGACCACGGCUAUGCCCAAUCUCAGUGGGUUGCCGAAGCGCUGCUGCGACGUGUGAUGGACCGCAACUUCCCAAUUGCCAUCUACCGGCCCGGUUUCAUCACUGGUCAUAGUCAGACAGGAGCCUGUAACCCCGAUGACUUUUUCAGUCGCCUCAUUCAUUCCUGCGCUGAAAUGGGCUGCUAUCCACUGCUCCCAAAUCAAAGGAAAGAAUUCGUUCCAGUUGACUAUGUCAAUGCCACGAUUCUACACAUCGCCUCGUCUCCUGCUUCGUCUUCACUGGGUCAUGCCUACCACAUCGUUCCGCCAAGCCGCAACGCCUCAAUCGACAUGAACGCAGCCAUGGAUCUUGUCAGCUCUGCAUCCGGUACUACUAUUAAGGGAGUCCCUUACCAGGAGUGGAUCGACUGUUUGGUGGAAAAGUCACCAGCACGACUGCAGCCGCUCCAGCCCAUGCUUGCUGAAAAAGCGCACGAGGGGUUGACUCGGUGGGAGUUAUAUGAGAAUAUGCCUGUGUAUGAUACCACGAACACCGCGCACAUGCUGAAUACUUUGGAGGGUGGUCUUCAGUUCCCGAUUCUUGAUCGAGAACUCAUGGACAAGUAUGUGUCAUAUCUCUCAGGAUUUUAG